CCUCCACAGACAGUAACUUUGUCCUGGGGAACGCCCAGGUCCAGUCCCUGUACCCCAUCGUCUACUGCUCCGACGGCUUCUGCGAGCUCACGGGUUACGCCCGCGCCGAGCUCAUGCAGAAGAGCUGCGCCUGUCACUUCCUGUACGGCCCGGAAACCAGCGACCGCUCCACGGCCCAGAUCCAAGGAGCACUGGACGACAGGAGGGAGUUCAAAACGGAGCUGGUGUUCUACAAGAAGGAAGGUACAAAGUUCUGGUGCCUGCUGGACAUCGUGCCCAUCAAGAACGAGAAAGGAGAGGUGGUUCUGUUCCUCGUGUCCCACAAAGACAUAACCGACAAGAAGAUGGAGCAGGAUCCAGAGCAGGGGCCUGAAACCGAUGAGGAGACGGGUCUGCAGGUGCAUCAGGUAACUCGCCCUCCAGGCUUCAACACCAACCGUCGCCGUAGCCGAGCCGUGCUCUAUCAGCUGUCGGGACACCUGCAGAAACAAGACAAGAGCAAGCUCAAGAUCAACAAUAACAUGUUUGGGCAGAAACCUCCGAUCCCAGAGUACAAAGUAGCAGCCAUCCAGAAGUCCCGCUUCAUCCUGCUCCACUAUGGCACCUUCAAGGCCGGCUGGGACUGGCUGAUUCUGCUGGCGACCUUCUACGUGGCCGUCACCGUUCCCUACAACGUCUGCUUCAGUGGAGGGCGGGACGAAGGCGGCACCUCGAGAAAUCCACCCAGUGUCAGCGACAUCCUGGUGGAGAUUCUUUUCAUUUUAGACAUCAUGCUGAACUUUCGUACGACCUUUGUGAGCACGUCGGGUCAGGUGGUCUACGACGCCCGCUCCAUCUGUGUCCACUACGUCACCACCUGGCUCUUUGUUGACCUUGUUGCUGCCCUGCCCUUUGACCUGCUUUACGCUUUCAAUGUCACUGUGAACUUCAGGGUCCACCUGCUGAAGACUGUCCGGCUGCUGCGGCUGCUGCGGCUCCUGCAGAAGCUGGAGCGCUACUCGCAGUACAGCGCCGUGGUUCUGACUCUGCUCAUGUCCAUGUUUGCCUUGCUGGCCCACUGGAUGGCCUGUGUCUGGUACUACAUCGGCCGCAAGGAGAUCGAAAGCUUGGGCUCCUCGGACAUCGGUUGGCUCUAUGAACUGGCAAAGCGCCUGGGGACCCCGUACUUCAUGUCCCCUCUGACCACACAGACCCCUCCCGCAGUGAGCAGCCUCCCAGCCAACAGCACCCAGUGGAACGCAUCGGGGUCAGAGGUCGCGGGGCAGGGCCCCUGGAACUCGAGCCAAGACUAUGGGAACAUUUCAGGAUCGGGGGGCCUGAAGAUGCUGGGCGGGGGCCCGUCGACCCGGAGCAGCUACGUGACGGCCCUGUACUUCGCUCUGAGCAGCCUGACCAGCGUGGGCUUCGGGAACGUGUCUGCCAACACGGACGCAGAGAAGAUCUUCUCCAUCUGCACCAUGCUUAUAGGAGCGCUGAUGCACGCUGUGGUGUUUGGUAACGUGACCGCCAUCAUCCAGAGGAUGUACUCCCGCCGCUCGCUGUACCACACCCGCACCAAGGACCUGAAGGACUUCAUCAGGGUGCACCGGCUGCCCAAAGCCUUGGAACAACGCAUGCUGGAGUGUUUCCAGACCACCUGGUCGGUUAACAACGGGAUAGACGUCAAUGAGCUGCUGAAGGACUUCCCAGACGAGCUGCGGGCCGACAUCGCCAUGCACCUGAACAAGGAGUUGCUGCAGCUGCCACUGUUCGAGUCGGCCAGCAGGGGAUGCCUCCGCUCUCUCUCCCUCAUCAUCAAGACCUCCUUCUGCGCCCCGGGGGAGUUCCUCAUCCGGCAGGGUGACGCCCUGCAGGCCAUCUACUUCGUCUGCUCAGGGUCCAUGGAGGUGCUGAAGGACAACACUGUGCUGGCUAUACUGGGCAAAGGGGAUCUGAUUGGUUCGGAUUCUCUGACGAAGGAGCAGGUGAUCAAGACGAACGCCAACGUCAAAGCGCUGACCUACUGCGACCUGCAGUACAUCAGCCUGAAGGGCCUGCGCGAGGUGCUCCGCCUCUACCCGGAGUACGCGCAGAAGUUCAUCAGCGAGAUCCAGCACGACCUCACCUACAACCUGCGGGAGGGCCACGGCGCGGACAAGGACUGGGAGAGCAACGGCGGCCUGGUGAAGAAGCUGCCGUCCAUCCGUGAGGACGAGGAGGGCGACGAGGAGCAGAGCUCCGUGUCCCGGGCUCCCCGCUCGCCGCUGCAUCUCAGCAGGGGCCUCAGCUCCCCGCUGCGCUCCCCCCUCCUGGCUCCGCGGCCCUUCAGGGCCCCCACCGAGCACUCACGGCCCUCCACCCUGCAGAUACCAGUGGUUAGCUUCAGCAGCGCUCCACCCGAGCUCAGCCCCAGAUUCGUGGACGGCAUCGAAACAGAGAGCAUUUCCACCUCCUCACCGAAGUUUGAGUUCAGUCCCAGCCUGUCAACUGCAGCUCCACCUUCCCCUUACCCAGGGAUGCGUGAGCACUCUGAGAUCAAGCAGAGCGUGGCGAAGCUGACAGAGGAGAUGAACUCUCUGUCCAAACAAGUGUCCAACCUCAGCCAGGAGCUGCGGGAAAUGGCGUGCCUGCUGAAGCCCCUCCUCCAGGCGACCCCACAGCCAAUCCUGAUGAGCGCAGUGCCAAACCUGGCCCCGCCUCAGGGCAGUGCCAGCCAGCUGCUGUCCAGCCCCUGGUUCCCGCCGGCGCCUGCAGCAGCGCCGCGUUCCCCCCCGAUAGAGGACGCCGGCUCCCUCUUGGACAGCGGAGACCCGGAGGGCGAGGGUUUGCCGCGAUGCCUUCUCCCGACUCAUCACUCACCAAAAAGGCCUGAUUCCUCUCCAUCAGCAUCAGCACAGCCCCCAGCCAGCCCCGUGGCAACUGGCUCAAGCUUCCUGUCAUCGAAGGGAGAAGCUCUGAAGGGGUCCCCAGUGUCCCAAAGCCCCCAGGUGUCCCCCAGCAACGGGAUCCUCCUGCCAUCCCUGGAGGACCAGCCUGCUCUGCGCUCCAGCAACCCUUCGCUGUCGCUGUCCUUCUCCGUCUCCCUCUCCUCCUCGCCAUCUCUCUCUUCUUGCCCAUCGCGGCCCACCAGCUGUGGCAGUAGAGGCCUGCUCCCCCCGCCUCCCUCUCAGGACACGCCCCCUCCCCUGUCUUCACACCGCUCGGCUCCCUCGUCCGUCUCCUCGUCUCCCAGGGGUCGCCGGCUGAGGCCUUCCCUGUCCAUUGCCGUCGCGUCCACCGCAGCGCCCGUCCAUCCCUCCACCAUGUCCCUUCCCGUGUCUCUGGACUUUGGGAGCUCAGCAAAGCGAGACGCUCACACUCCGGCGAGGUGCAAUCUGCAGAGACGCCACGAGGAGGCCAGAGCCGCCGCCAGUCCGCAGGAGGUGGAGAUGCAGGAGUGGGGCUGGCGGGGAGAAGAGAGCAAAACCUCCACGGAGGAUUUCAGCUUCAUCGACGAGGACGAUCCAGGGCAAUAGGCGGGUUUCUGCUGCGCGAUGCAGCCGUGAACAAAGCGGUCGGUGAAGCAGCAAGCUGGUCCGUCUCAGACAGGAAGCCUGGGAUGGUUGGGAGGCUUCCUGACUACGCUAACAGUCUAUGCUAACAGCCUUCUGUUAGCAUAUCACUCACCGGCUCACCCACCGAUUAUUAGUGACACAAAUCCUGCAGAACUGCGGCGUGAGUCGAUGCCUUCAGCUCCUGACACGCAGAACCAGACAGCAUUCCUCUGUCCCUUUCUCUCUCUCUCACACCCUCUCCCAUCUGAUAUCGGUUUUAUUUUUUAAAUACCAAGAGGUCUCCCCCUGCAGAGGCACGGACAAACACACACAUCCCCCAGCUGGUGGGUCCGAGUCCUCACAGCAGGGCCUGGAAUGUAAAGUCGCUCAUUCUCACUCCUCAUCUUAUUUUCUAAAGGAAGGCAAUCAUCUGCCCCUGUACACUCACACACACCCACACACACACACACACACACAGAUGCACACCCUCAUACCACUCAUUUCCCUACAGCAGCGAGGCCUGGUUCUCUCAUGGUGUAAUUAAAGUACUUUGUACCUUUGGGUUCAAUGCCAAAGAG